UUACAAGAAAUGCCAUCCAAAUUUCUGUUUUUUAUAAGUUUUCCACCUCACAAACUUCCAGCACAUGCUCACUUCCCCUUUCUGUAAAAUUUGGACACGUGUUCUAGACCACGUGACACUGUCCAACCCAUUCUACAGCCCAAACUCUACCCUCUCUUCUGCCAUGUCUUCAUUUGGCAACAGAACAAAAAGAAACUCGCUGCGCAGUACAGGAGCUUUCCUAUUUCGUGAUUAUCCCCAGCCGGUUCACAGUUUGACCAUGAUACUGUCUUCAGAAUAUCAUUUGAUUUCAAUUUCAGUUUCGAUUUCAAAUUCAAAACUUCAAACCAACAUGAAAGGAAGCUACACCAUAGAACACAUCUUCUCCACCUAUGAAAGAGGUAAGGUUCCCAGCUGCUUUAUACUUUCAAAUUCCAGCAUUAUAUUAAACUUGAAUCUUUUCCAUUGUUAAAUUAUGUUGUACUAAAAGAGGAUACCUCAGGACGAGCUUCUGUUUUUAUGUUUCUUAUUUCUACAUUUGCUUUCUACUCGGUUUGUAGUGGUAAUUUGGGGUCUGAUAUAUCAUUUGUUAAUCUGUUUCUUUCAUGGAUUUUAGGGGUUUUUUCAAUCAUCUCAAUCUGGAUAGUUUCCCUGCGUUGAAUGGGGAUGGUUCUGGUUCCAAAUGGAAAAGAAGAAGGCAAAAUGUGGAAACAGAUAAAGAAAAUUUAAAACCAUCUGAGGAGGGGAAGCCCAACACUGGUGAGUUUUCUUAAUGGCUUAAUCUCUCUCUCCCCCUAUCCGCUUUCUAUAUCUAUCUCUCAUUUUGUUUCUUUUUGCUGUGAAAUUGUUUGAUGAAAUGUCUGAAAGAAAAGGCUCAUAAUUUUCACACUUUGAAAGUAUAUUUCUUAUUUAAAUUAAUUGCUUGAUUUUGGGAUGUAUAUGCAAGUUGCUUUCAAUAUUUAUUGUUUGAUACUAACUUAUGAUGCAGUAUAUUUGAUUUAGACGAAACAAAGAUGCAGAUUGAGGAUCCUGGCCAAGUGUAUGGCCAUGUUGUUACUGUAUGGACUUUGCGUUAUGGGAGAUCUUUCUGUUAAGUUUAGUGAGGAGAAUCGCAUCGCUGCUCAGGAGGCCAAGGGGAAGGCUGUUGAAGCAAUUUCUGAAGGUGAGGUCAACUCAUCUUUGCUUGGAGAAAGGGAAGACAUGACUUUUCGUUAUAAAAGGGUUGAUUUGCCGGAUAUGCUGGAGCGCAAUGAAGCAAAUACCCAAGGGAAAACAGACAGCGGGUGA